UCCGGGCAUCGGCCCCGCGGAGCGAUGCUGCUGCUGGCAGCCGCUUUCCUCGUGGCCUUCGUGCUGCUGCUCUACAUGGUGUCUCCGCUCAUCAGCCCCAAGCCCCUCGGUCUGCCCGGCGCGCAUGUGGUGGUUACAGGAGGUUCCAGUGGCAUUGGGAAGUGCAUUGCUAUCGAGUGCUAUAAACAAGGAGCCUUUAUAACUCUGGUUGCACGAAAUGAGGACAAGCUGCUGCAGGCAAAGAAAGAAAUUGAAAAGCACUCUAUUAAUGAUAAACAGGUGGUGCUUUGCAUAUCAGUUGAUGUAUCUCAAGACUAUAACCAAGUAGAGAAUGUCAUAAAACAAGCACAGGAGAAACUGGGUCCAGUGGACAUGCUUGUAAAUUGUGCAGGAACAUCAGUGUCAGGAAAAUUUGAAGAUCUUGAAGUUAGUACCUUCGAAAGGUUAAUGAGCAUCAAUUACCUGGGCAGCGUGUACCCCAGCCGGGCCGUGAUCACCACCAUGAAGGAGCGCCGGGUGGGCAGGAUCGUGUUUGUAUCCUCCCAGGCAGGACAGUUGGGAUUAUUCGGUUUCACAGCCUACUCUGCAUCCAAGUUUGCCAUAAGGGGAUUGGCUGAAGCUUUGCAGAUGGAGGUGAAGCCAUAUAAUGUCUACAUCACAGUUGCUUACCCACCAGACACAGACACACCUGGUUUCGCCGAAGAAAACAGAACAAAGCCUUUGGAGACUCGACUUAUUUCAGAGACCACAUCUGUGUGCAAACCGGAACAGGUGGCCAAACAAAUUGUUAAAGAUGCCAUACAAGGAAAUUUCAACAGUUCCCUUGGCUCAGAUGGGUACAUGCUUUCGGCCCUGACCUGUGGGAUGGCUCCAGUAACUUCUAUUACUGAGGGGCUCCAGCAGGUGGUCACCAUGGGCCUUUUCCGCACUAUUGCUUUGUUUUACCUUGGAAGUUUUGACAGCAUAGUUCGUCGCUGUAUGAUGCAGAGAGAAAAAUCUGAAAUUGCAAAUAAAACUGCCUAAUUCUUCUUACCCUUGGAAGAGACUGUUUCCAGAUAAUUUGAACAGCUUGCUGCUAAAUGAGACUCAAUUUUUGACCGAUAAACACCUAUAUAUUGUUUUUGAAUAUCAGAUUGGACCAGUGCUCUUCAGAAAUGCGGCUGCAAGCAAGGAGCUGGAAGUUCACCUCCUGACAAUAUUAUUAACACUAUGCAAAUAUGGAAUAGGAGACCGUUUGAUUUCCUAGGCUUUGAGGUAGAGAGGUGAUGGUAUGAGAAUUAAUAGCUGUGAACAAGGUAAAGAACAGGAUUCCAGAAUGAUCAUUCAAUUUUUUUCUAUUUAUUCUUUUUUGCCCCCCUAGAGAUUAAGUCCAGAAAUGUACUUUAUGGCACAUAAAGAAAUCUUGAGGACUUUUUUUAAACCUUCCAUAAAAAACAGUUUUGAGUUUCUAGGGUUUGUUUUCUUUUUCUUUUUAACUUGGUGUGUUUUAUUCAAGAUGAGUCGGACCCAUUGCCAGUGAGUCUGAAUGUCACUGACAGCUCUGCGUUGUGCUCGGCACUCACUCUGCUGCUGGUGGAAACUCAUGGCUUCUCUCUCUCUUUGAUCCCAUAAAGCUACGAGGGGGACGGGAGAGGGCAGUGCAAUGGGAGGUAAAGAGAUAUCUUCUAGUAGUAGGAAAAGCAAUGCUUUCUUUAGACUGAAAUGCUUAGGGAAUGUUUUAUUUCUCAUUCAUCAGGAAAGGCAGCCUCCUUAAAUGUUUUCAGAACAGCGAUAAAAUCUAGAAACUUCAGAAUUAACAAUUCCUUCUGUAGCCAUGAUGACCUAAAGUUCACCUACUCCAUUUUAGCCUCUAUUUGUUCUUCCCAUCUCUUCCUUUCCAAUUUUGCUUAUACUGCUGUAAUAUUUUUGUUUAAAAAAAAGUGGGGGGGAAGAAGAAAAAAAAGACCAGCUAAAAUUUUUUUUGACUUGACUUUUUAACUUAAUUCAUGAAUUAAUUAAAACAAAUGAAAAAAUUAAAAAGUGUGACAUUUUUCUCAGAGCAUAUAUGUAACUUUUAGGAAAGGCUGAUGAUAAUAUGAAGUUUACCCAUUAAGAAAAAAAAGGCUGGUUUUGAAGAGGCUCGCUUUUGAAAUAAAACGAUCACCUGUUCUUUCCGAGACUCUCCCGCUGAGCCUGCAGACAUUAUCUUCAUGCCACGUGCUAAGGAAGCCCACUCAUUACUCUCACUCUGUAGCCCUGGAGACCCUCCUGGCCCCCGCAUGUUGUUUCCAGGUUGUGGGAUCUGUGUUCGCUGGUGGAUUUCUACAGCAAGUGCCUCUGAUGAGUGUCAGCCAGCAUCCCCUGCUGCAUCCUGUGUGUUGUUCCUACUCGUCUUCCUUGCAUACGCAGUAGCACAUUCCAGUUCUCUUCGGUGAGAAAAGACCUCUGUUUUUGAAGAGGAAACUUUCUUAAAUUGUAACAUAAAACUUAAAAAACAAAAACUCUAUACAAAAAUUGAAGACCUAAAAAUUAUAGCAAACCGUUUUUUGCUCCUUUUUGAAGCUCUUGACUUUAAAUGAUUUAACUUUUUACAGAUGUUUUAUGGCUUUAACCCACGGUAUCUUUUUAUUAAGAUCUGAAAAUAGCAUAUUUAAAUACUAAUAGAUACAGAAGAAAUUAUUGUUUAAUGAAUAAAUUGCUUGGAAUGAUUUCAUUGCAGCUUGUGAGGUUGGGUUGAUGCCAAAAUGGUUUCAUAAAUCUUUCAGUCUUUUAGAGCCAAAGUUUAUAGAUUACAUUGAGUUGCAUUGUACAGCUACUAAAAUGGAAUCAUAGCUUUUCAUAAUUUGCAGAAAACAAUUACAUUAAUGUCUAGAUGUUUCUCAAUUUUAUUCUUUUCUCAUAAAUGUUCUUUGAAUGUUGGCACCUUCUACUGCUGAUCUAUAUUAGAAUCUAGUCCAAGAUGGUGUCUGAUUUAAUAACAUUAGUUAUUUCAAUAUAUUUUUUUCAAAUUAUCCUCAUAGAACCUGUCGCCUCCAGUGAGAUUGUAAUCUACUACCUGAAUAAAUGUAAGAGUGCCUGUUAGGAGCCCCUUUUAUGGGGCAGAAGACAAUUGUCCCUAUCCCAAUUUCCACUAAAAUAUCAGAUCAGAUUUUUGGAGACCAUGAUGAUGUCAGGGAAGAAAUUUCCUUGUCAGAUGUUAAAGGGCUGCAGUACCUUACCAAAAAACGUGGAAAUCUAAGUUGGUUGUUUUUUUUUUUCCUCAAUUUGAUACCGUAAUUCAUUUGGCAGCAAAAGCAGACUUGAACGGAUGUGAGAAUAUUGUGCUUUUUAUUUAUGCUACUUGAUUGUGACUGUUAAUUUUCCCUGAAGAAAUAUCCAUGGAUUUGAUUAUAGGUAUUCCCCUAGAUGCUGUGGAGGUGUUUUGUAAUAAUCAAAAUGUGCCCAUAUUGCCUUCUUUAUUUGUUUGUUUUUUUGAGACAAAGUUUCACUCUGUUGCCCAGGCUGGAAUGCAGUGGUGUGAUAUCGGCUCACUGCAACCUCCACCUCUGGGAUUCAAGCGAUUCUGCUGCCUCAGCCUCCUAAGUAGCUGGGAUUACAGGCAUGCCCCACCAUGCCUGGGUAAUUUUUGCAUUUUUAGUAGAGAUGGGGUUUCACCGUGUUGGUCAGGCUGGUCUCAAACUCCUGACUUUGUGAUCCGCCUGCCUCAGCCUCCCAAAGUGCUGGAAUUAAAGGUGUGAGCCACUGUGCCUUACCCCUAUUGCCUUUUUAAAACCACAAAAAUUAUAAAUUCUGAAACACAUCCAUCCCAAAGGGCUUUGGAUGGAGCCCUUUGGGAUGUAGGUAUUUAAGAAGCCUCCCAUGAUAGGCUGACUUCAUCCAAAACAUGAAAAUAUUACAAGGCAAAUUCUAUUUUUUAUAUUUUUUGGUUCAGUGCUUGAACAACUUGUUUUUCUGAUGGGCGGGGGAGAACCCUGAGUGUGAUUGUUAUGGAGACUAAUGACUUUGUUUUUUUAAAGGAUCACAUUGAUUCAACACCUUCUGUUCGACCCAGAGGUGGGUAAAUAUUACCUACGGCAGUAAAUGUUUAAUUAUAAUUCUGUUUAAAUGUUGGCUUUCUGUCUGUAGCCAAGAAUAGCUCAUUUCGUGAAUUUCGGUUUUUAAGGGCCUGCUUUUUAAUUUGGUUGCAUUAUUUUAUUAUAGUGUAUUUGUAAGUAUAUUAAAAAAUUAACAUUCAGCUAUAAAAAUCCUCAUAUGUUCAAGGACUUAAUAAUUGAAAAAUAUAUAGAAAACAAUCCUUAUUUCUUUUUACAAAAACAAAAUCAUGGAAAUUAUUCUUUUCUAUAUAUUUAAUUAUAAAUCUUUAUCUGGGCUGGGCGCAGUGGCUCACGCCUGUAAUCCCAGCUCUUUGGGAGGCCAAGGCAGCGAAUUGUGAGAUCAGGAGUUCGAGACCAGGCUGGCCAACAAGGUGAAACCCCAUCUCUACUAAAAAUUCAAAAAAUUAGCUGGGCGUGGUGGCGAGUGCCUGUAAUCCCCUACUCAGGAGGCUAAGACAGGAGAAUCACUUGAACCUGGGAAGCAGAGGUUGCAGUGAGCUGAGAUUGUGCCACUACACUCCAGCCCAGGCAACAGUGCGAGACUCUGUCUCACAAACAUAUAUUUAUCUGGAACUGUUAGACCAUAUAUUAUUGAUUGUUGCAAGUGAAAUUUUGAGAGAUUGUUUCUAGUGUUUAGAUGAUGGAAACAUUUUGGUAAUAUUGCUUCAGUUCAAAGAAUUAUGUCUUUUUCCAGAAGAAAGCAACAUCAUUUUUUUUGCUAAAUUAUAUAAACAUUUAAUUAUAUCAUGUUCUAACUCACUUGAGGCCACUUUUAAAUAUUCAUACUCUUUGACAUAAGAUACUUUGUAUAUUUCUCAUUUCUUUUAGUUCUUAGUGAGUCAGCUUUAAAAAGUACCUGCCGACCAUAACCUGGACUAAAUCUUGCUGUUCAGGUUAUACUGCAGUGCAGUGACUGUGGAUUUGCUAUUUUGAAGGGGAGAUAGUAGCUAUUAUAUUUUACAAUUGCUUGAUAUGAUAACUCUAAAGACUUUUUCAUUGACAAGAGUGCACAUGGCUAUUUUGAUACACAAUGGAAGUUGUGUUUGCUACUUUAGAAGCUUUUGUGGCAGAGUUGUAACCUAAUUUUCAUACCUUGUAUUUCUGAAUCACAAAAAAAUAAAUAAAUGGGAACAAGACUUACAGAUUUGAAAACUUA